UUUGCGCCCGCCCACCCGCGACUCACCCACUCCUCAUCUCGGGCGCCGGAGGAACGGGCUGGAGAGCGAAGAGCGGAAAAUGGGAGUCGAAAUUGAGACGAUAACCCCCGGCGACGGACAAACGUUCCCGAAGAAGGGGCAGCGCGUCGUUGUGCACUAUGUCGGGACGCUGACUAACGGAACCACCUUCGACUCGUCCAGGGACCGGGGGAAGCCUUUCAAAUUCAAGAUCGGACACCGGGAGGUGAUCCGCGGCUGGGAAGAGGGGGUAGUGCAGAUGAGCGUAGGCCAGCGGGCUUGGUUGACCUGCUCACCAGACUUUGCGUAUGGCAGCAAAGGGCACCCAGGGGUUAUCCCACCUAAUGCCACUCUCAUCUUUGACGUGGAGCUGCUUGGCAUUGAAGCCUGAAACGUGCACUCACUUUGUUCAAUUCCACUCAAAUUUUCAGGGUUGACUCCUAUCUCGGGAACAUGGAGGUAAAUGUUAACAGAUGAUUCCUGCUCUUGAUCCCUACAUAGGACCUAUGUUUAUAGCUUCACCGCUUCACUCUUUUAGAUACAAGUGUUGUCACCUACUUCCAACAUUCAUCCUUUUACUGUAGAUUCAGUACGCAAACAAGUCAUAGGCCAUAACUUCCCAUGUAAUGUCAUUCUAUGUUUAUUAUUAUUAUUAUUACUAUUAUUAUUAUUUUCAUGGUUUCUUUUUUUUUAUUAUUUGAAAAUUUGUGAAAUUGUGUCUGCAAUUAGUAUUGGGUUUUAGAUGUCAUGGAAAUAUUAAAUUGAUCUCAUUCCAUUUGACUUUGUGGCUUUCCACUACAAAUUAUAUUGAUUGUGAGUAUUACAUUUUCUUUAGUCGAAGUGUAAAUGGUUGUUUGCAUCAAUGACACUACCGUCAACCACUUUUGUGAUACGUUGGUAUUGACAUUAAUUUUGGGGGGAAAAAAAACCAAAAGAAAAAAACGAACGCAUUUACAUGGAGACUGCAUGAUGGGGCACAUGACUGCCAUGACGGGCUGUUACCGAUGCAGAAUGUGCUCAUCCUGUGUAGCGUGGCUCAGCAUUUCUACAUCACAUCUUUAGAUUUAUUACUUUGAGAGCUAACUUUGUAACACAGUGUCCACAAAACGAGAUAAAGGCCUUUCCUGUCUUUUGCUUUUAAAAUACAUUUGUGGACAUGGAAAACAGCGAACCUCUAUAUGCCCCCAAAGACUCUUGCAAAAAAAAAAAAGAGGAAAAGAACAGUGGUCUUUGGCAGGUUUUUAAAAUUGCAUGACUAUUUCCACAAAGGUUUCGAGGCACAUUUUGGGAUUGUGAUUGUCUUAAUUCCACCGGUUGUGUAACAGUCUGGAUGUUUUCAAAGCUCUGUACCUUCCACUAUAACACAUUAAAAGAGUGAAUUUUAUCACAUUUUAUCCUCCA